AUGGCGCUGCUGCGGGCGGCCGCGCUGCCCUCCGAGGGCUGCCCGGCCUGGCUGCCCACUCACGUCCAGGUGACGGUGGUGCGGGCCCGCGGGCUGCGCUGCAAGGGCGGCGGCGCCGGCAAAGGCAAAGCGGGCGGCAGCGACGCGUACACCGUGAUCCAGCUGGGCCGCGAGAAGUACAGCACCUCGGUGGCCGAGAAGAGCGGCGGCAGCCCCGAGUGGAGGGAGGAAUGCGCCUUCGAGCUGCCCCCCGAGCCCGGGGCCUGCGCCGGGCUGCUGCUCACCGUGAUGCACCGGGCGCUCGUGGGCAUGGACCGGUUCCUGGGCCAGGCCCUGGUGCCGCUGGAGCCCGGCCGGCAGCGCGGCCGCGAGCCCGACGAGCGGUGGCACAAGCUGCACUCCAAGGCUGGGAAGAAGGAGAAGGAGCGCGGUGAGAUCCUGGUGAGCAUCCAGUUCACGCGGAACAGCCUGACUGCCAGCAUGUUCGACCUGUCCGUGAAGGACAAGCCCCGCUCGCCCUUUGGCAAGCUCAAGGACAAGGUGACAGGCAAGAAGAAGUAUGAAUUGGAGUCAGCCUCUGCCAUCAUCCCCAGCAGCAUGGCAGCCCUGGAUGUGGAGGAUGACUUUGAGCUCGGGGGCAAGAAAUCCAGAGUGAAGGGGUUCUUCCUGAAGAGCAAACUGCGCAAAUCCUCCCUGAGCCAGUCCAACACCUCCCUGGGCUCUGACAGCACCAUCUCCUCUGCCAGCCUGAGCCUGGCAGCCACUGCCCCCGAGGCCACCAGGUCCCCCAGCAGACAGGGCAGCCUGUCCACCGAGCGCUCUGUGAAAGAGCUGCUGGCCUCGCCGAAGCUGAGCCACAAGAGAGCCUUCAGUGACGACGUGUCCCAGCUCAGCCCGGCCCAGCUGGAGCCCAGAGCCCCCCAGAGCCCCCAGGGCAGGCAGGAGCCCCCGGGCCGCUCCUCGCUCUGCAUCAACGGCAGCCACGUGUACGGGGAGGACUCGGCCCCGCGGGUCCCCCCCGGCUCUGCCCCGCUGCCCGUGCCUCCCCGCAGGCAGGACGAGCCUCUGGCCUUCACCCCCCUGCCCCCCGAGCCCCAGGAGCUGCCCUGGGGGCUGGGCAGCCUGGAGAGGGCCCAGCAGAGGGACGAGCCCAGGUUCAUCCCCUCCCCUCCCAGCCUGGCGCUGCAGGAAGAGCUCAAGGUGUCCACCAAGGCCGUGACCCUCAGCAACCACCUGGGCAGGGCCAGGAUGGAGGAGAGCAGAGCCAGCCAGGCUGCAGCUCCUGCUGCCACCUCCACGGAGCCAGGCAAGGACACAGCAGCUGAGGACAGCAGGAAGGAGGACAAGAAAGCCAAGGGAGGCUUCUUCCACCACGGGGGCGCCCGGAGCGACGCGGGGGGCAGAGGGGACAGAGGGACCCCCGUCCACCCUGCGGGGGAGGAGAGGAGUAAGAGCAGCUGGUUUGGGUCCAAGGAGCCCAAAGAGUCUCCUCAGAAACCCAGUUUCCCGCCUGGGCCGCGUGCUGCACCAGAGGUCGCUGGGAGCUUUUAUUCCUCUGAGGAUUGCAGUCCCUCUGCCUCCCCAAGGCAGGCAGACCCCGAGAGGGAGCCUCCAGCCCCAAGCAUUGGUGUGCCCGUGCCAGAAACCGGUCCCCCAGCACCGGGAGAGCUCCCUCCUGCCGACACCGACACCGACACCGAGCCCGCCGUCCCCCCGCUGCCCUCGGAGUGGGACGACACCUUCGAUGCCUUUGCCACCAGCAGGCUCAAACCAGACAGGAAGAAGGAGAAUUUCUUUGCCUCGGUGGCAGCAGAGGGCAUGGCUUUCAUCGACGACCCCGACAGAGCCAGCCCGAGCAAGAGCCCGGCCCAGCCGCCCUGCCAGCAGGGCUCCCAAGCGUUUGAAAAGGCCGAGUCGCCCGUGGGCGCUGAAAUCCCCGCAGCUCUCCGCUCCUGGACAAAUUUCUCCGCUUUAGACGUGGGGGCCAACCUGGUGAGCACCACCCAGGAGGCCACGGUGAUCGAGGACGUGCUGAGCCCCGUGUCCGCCGGGUCCAUGGCCAGGAGGAGGAAAAGCAGCACGCCCAUGGUGUGGGCAGCCGCCUUUACCUCGGGCAACCCCGGGGACAACGAGGCAUCGACAGCGCUGAGCGCGGAGAACAGCGCUCGGGAGGAAGGGGACAGCGGUGAGGAGGAACCCUGCAGCGCAGGCACGAACGGCUGGAUGACCAUAGCCACCGAAACCGCUGCCGAGCCCUCGCAGAGCGCCCCGAGCGCGGCCCAGGAGCGCGCGGCUCCCCAGGGCGCCUUCGGCCCGCGCCCGCCCUUCCUGGCCGAGGGCGCCUCGGAGGCCCAGAGCUCGGCCCGUGCCACCAGCUGCGUGCUGCCCAGGAGCUCCUUCCCCCCCGAGGCCGAGGCUGGCGGCGCGGUGCCGCCCGUGCCCCCGCGGGUGCUGGGGGACGCGGUGACGCCGAGGUUCCCCGAGGCGGGCGCGGAGCCCGGGGGCGAGGGCGCCUUCGACAUCCGCAGCUCGGUGUUCCGGCUGCAGGCCAGCAUGCGGCUGGAGGCCAGCGACGGCCUGCUGAAGCUCAGCUCUGACAUCCGUGAGAGGCGCGUGGUGAUGGCACCGUGGGCAGGCCACCAGGGCCACCAGGAGCCGGCGGUGCCACCCCCCAAACCGCCCCGGUGGUUCGCAGCCGCGGGCGCUGCGGGGGACAGCGAGGAGGGGGAGCCUGGGGACACCCAGCGAGGCAAACAGGAGCCGUGGCCAGACUCAGAGGGCCCGGGAGCAGAGAUGGAAUUGCCAAGGAGCCGUGGCAGCAGCGAGCCCUCCGUGGCAGCGCCUCCCACAGCGGGAGCGGGCGCCGCUGAAGCCGGGAGCGAGUUCCAGGGUGCCAGAGCUGCCACUGCGGACUCAGCAGCUGGCCUGGGGACAGGGGACACCUCUGUGGGGGAGCACCCAUCAGAGAUCAACGAGGCAGAUGUGGCCGAGCAGUUUGAGACUUGCACAUCCAAGUUGUCCCUGGAUGGACUGGAGCAGUCCGGUGCUGAGGAGAGCUGGAGCCAGCCCCGUUUGUCCCCUCAGAUCCAGGAGGCCACACACAGUGCCAAGUGGGAAAUGGCCUCCAAGCAGGAGCUGUUCCCCGAGGAGCUCAGUGUUUCAGAACUAAAGCCACCUUCCAAGCUAGACCUGGGCCAGCUGGGCAGCUGGACGGUCCUGGAAGAGCAGGAGGCAGCUGGGCAUCCACAGCCACGGCCCCAAAGGUCAGAACGUGGGCAGAGUCCAUCCCAGCUGGAGCUGGCGUGUGAGGAUGGUGAGGGGCGAGCAGAGCAGCCCGAGCCCUGUGCCCCUCCCGAGGAGGCAGAGGAGCCCGAGGGGCACUGGGCACAGAGCAGGAUAGACUUCAAGAAAGCCGAUUUCUGGAAGCCAGAUAGGGCAGAGGAGAGGCACACAGCCCUGAGAAACCCCUUCACCCUGGCCCUGAGCCCCAUUUCCCCCAGCAACCCCUUCAUGGAGAAGCCCCCAAACCCCGUCCCUGUCCAAGCUGUGCUGCCCAAAAAGCUUGAGCAGGGCGACUUCAGCUUCCACUGCAGCCUGCAGGAGGAAGCCCCCGGGCACGGCUUGCCGCCCACUAACGCUUCCCCCCUGCAUGCCAGCCAGCCCUUGGCCUUCUCCACCCCUUUCCUCGUGGCUGCCACUAACCCCGAGCCGUGUGGCCCCCCCCGGGCCCCCGCGGGGGUCCCUGCCAGCCGCGCCGCCGCCCGGCCCUGCCCGUGCCCGCAGCCCCGGGACGCACAAGCUUCAGCGCUCCUGGUUCUGCCCAGGGAGACACGGCCGGCUGAGGAGCCCCUCGGCCUGCAGACAUCCAGCCCCCACCCCGUGAAACCCCUGAGUGCUGUGCAGGAGGGCUCCAGUGAGAGGAAGCAGCAGCCCAGGAGCAGCCUGAGCUCAGCCUUCAGCAAUGGCCUGGAGAGGCUGAAGACAGCGACCACGAGCAGCGUCCAGCCCGUGGCCCCGGCCUCCCACCCGGACAAAAGCGAGCCCAAGCAGGAGCCUGCCCAGCCUGACCAGGCAGCCAAGUAUUACCACCUGACCCACGACGAGCUGAUCCAGCUGCUGCUGCAGAAGGAGGGCGAGCUGAGCAAGAAGGAGGAGCACAUCCAGGAGCUGGAGAACUACAUCGACCAGCUGCUGGUGCGCAUCAUGGAGCAGUCCCCCACGCUGCUGCAGAUCCCUCUGGGGCAGGGCCAGGCCCCCUGAGCCUGCCA